AUGAACUCCAUUACCUUGGUUAUAUGGAUGUGUGUUUGUUUAUCUCAAGGUCGACUUUCGAAGACAAAACUUCCAGAAGCUCGACUACAUGAUGAUAUACUCGGUAUCAACAAGUACGUUCGACCCGUUUCCGAUAUCACAAAGCCAGUUAACGUACGUCUGCGACUAUUUCUCCUUUCAAUCAUUGAACUAAAUGAACGAAAGGGUACCAUGUCAUCCUCAAUAUGGUUGGAUCUCCGCUGGUUUGAUGAACAAUUAGCGUGGAACACUAGUAAAUACAGCGGUUUAGAAACCAGUCGUGUACCCUUUACAAGUAUAUGGACCCCAGAUAUACUACUUCGCAAUGAGAUUGGGAACAAAAAGGGAAUGAAACAUACCAAUUUUGUAGAUCCAACAGUGCGUUAUACGGGCGAGGUAAUUUGGUGGCCUGGCAAAGAGAUAAACACAAAGUGUAAAAUUGAUACCACUAAAUAUCCAUUUGAUGAACAAGUGUGUACCCUCUGCGUAGGCAAAUGGUAUUCAGAUGAUUCAAAAGUCAACAUCACUACGACAUCUUCAAAAAUUAACAUCAUGUACUAUGAGGAAAGCGAAGAAUGGGAGCUUUUAGAUACUUCUGUUGAGCUUGACACACGCCUCGAGGCGCUUUUGGAAUUCAGCAUUAACUUGUUCAGGGUUAAAAUUAAACGCAGAUCAGCAUUUUUUAUGAUGAAUAUUGUUCUCCCGGUACUGUUAAUGUCGUUUUUGAACCAAUUGUGUUUUGUUUUGCCUCUAGAAAGUGGAGAAAAGAUCGGUAUGUGUAUGGCUAUCUUCCUGACAUUUGCUGUUUUUCUAUCGUUAGUAGGCAACUCACUUCCACAGUCUUCGGUCCACAUGCCUGCCUAUUGUGUUUACUUGGUGUUUCAGACAAUACUGGGAAUCUUGACAAUCUCGUCCGAGGUUUUUAUAUUAAGAGUAUAUAACAACUCUUGCUGGGAUGAUUCGACAUUAAGGAGAUUUGCUUUCACUGUCGCCCCAUGUCUUGGAAUUCCAUUAGCUAACAACAUUAAAAGUACAGAGGAAGACAAUGUUGAUUUACCUACAUGUAAGUCGAAAGGGUAUGGUGAGGAAAUUUGCCGCAAAGUCGCAAUAAAGCUAGACAUUGUUUGUGGCUGGGUAAUGCUUGCUUGUAACUUGGCGUUUACAACUGGGUUUUUCUUCUUCGUGAAUACAUAA